AUGGAAGUGAAAGCUAGAGCUCCUGGGAAAAUCAUCCUCUCGGGUGAACAUGCAGUUGUUCAUGGAUCUACAGCCGUUGCUUCCUCCAUUGACCUCUACACCUAUGUCUCUCUUCGCUUUCCCACUCCUUCUGACAAUGAUGAUGCACUAAGACUCCAGCUCAAGGAUGUUGGAUUAGAGUUUUCAUGGCCAAUUGGUAGAAUUAAAGAAGCACUAUCAGAAAAAGAUAUUCCCAACUCAUCAGUGCCGACCUCAUGUUCAAUAGAGUCACUUAGAUCACUUGCUGCUUUAGUUGAUGAACUAAAGAUUCCAGAAGCAAAAAUUGGACUUGGUGCUGGAGUGUUGGCUUUUCUUUGGCUGUAUUCAUCUAUCCAAGGAUAUAAGCCUGCGACUGUUGUUAUUACUUCAGAACUUCCUUUGGGUUCAGGCCUGGGUUCAUCUGCAGCAUUAUGUGUUGCACUGUCAGCUGCUCUUCUUUCUUUCUCAGACUCUGUAAAUCUGGAUUUGAGCCACCAAGGGUGGUUAACUUUUGGGGAAAGUGAACUUGAAUUGCUGAACAAAUGGGCUUUUGAAGGUGAAAAGAUUAUCCAUGGAAAGCCAUCUGGAAUUGACAAUACAGUUGCUACAUAUGUGAUUCAGGUUGACAUGUUUGUUAGAGUUCAAAUGUUAACCAUGGAGUAUUUAGUUUCCUCAUCUGUUCAAGGGAAGGGAUUAACUGCAUUUGAUUUUCUACCACAAAAUUCUUAUGCAACAGGCAAUAUGAUCAAGUUCAAAUCAGGUAGCCUAACUCGCAUCAAAACAAAUAUGACACUGAAAAUGCUUAUUACCAACACAAAAGUUGGGAGGAACACAAAGGCCUUAGUUGCUGGUGUUUCAGAGAGGACCUUAAGGCAUCCAGAAGCUAUGGCUUCUGUGUUCAGUGCAGUUGAUUCUAUCAGCACGGAAUUGGCUACGAUCAUCCAAUCACCCGCUCCUGAUGAUCUCUCCUUAACUGAAAAGGAAUCAAAAAUAGAAGAGUUGAUGGAAAUGAACCAAGGAGCUGGGGGUGGAGGUUGUGUUCUCACGCUAUUACCAACCUUGUUAUCAGGAACUGUUGUUGAUAAAGUAACUUCUGAACUGGAGUCUUGUGGGUUCCAUUGUUUGACGGCUGCCAUUGGUGGAAAUGGUGUUGAAAUUUGCUUUGGCGAUUCAUCCUAA